AAGCAGCCGAAAUUACAAGUGCAGUGAUCGGACAAAGAGUCGCAGACGCCGGGGAAGAUCGGAACAAGCCUUGUUGCAGAGAGAGGCGGGGGUCUAUAAGCAGCAUAUAUCUUAACACAGAUAUAUUGAUGCUAUCCUAUUACUGUUUUACACGUGUACCUCUUCCUUCCUCUAUUCUAUAUAUAUCACACAUAUGUACUGUAGAUAAGAUGAAUAUACAAUAUUAUUUUCCUUCCUCUUUCCGUUCUCUUCUCCGUCUCUGUCUCUGGUUUCUUGGUUUGUAAUAUUCUACAGGAUCGGCUUUGAUUACAACAAGAAGGCCAGAGAUCGAACGGGAGGUGCCGUCGGCGGUCAAUUUCCGUUCGUAUGAGCCGAUUUGAGCGCCGGGGGUGAGAUUUCCACAGGUGGCGGUAGGAGACCAACAGAUUUGAGCCGAUUGGUGGAAUUGGAGUAGUAGAAGCUUUGCAAGACGUCGGGCUGGGCUCCGGGUAGAGAUUCUGAGUCUGAUUGUUGCUUGAGCAAGAGAGGGAGAGAAGGAACCGUGCGCUCGAGAGACGUCGGGCUGAACUGAAUUUCUGUUACAAAAACCGUCUCGAAACAUUAAUCUGAGCUUAUUUGAGCUCAGGAAGCCAGUGGAUCAAAAAACCAGCUUCCUCGAUAUUUAUACUCAGAUCAAAUUCAAGCUCAAUUAUACCAAACCCAAUUGAAACUUUCCUUAUUAAUCCCGUUAACAUGAGCUCACUACAAGAUAGAAAGAAAGAGAGAGAUAGAGAGAGAACUUAGCUAACAAAGUUAGAUCUUUCUCAAUGGCUAAUCCUGGUAGAAUUUUCAACAAGUGUCUCCUGCAAAGUGAAGAUCUCCUGCAGUACAUGUUGCACACAAGUGUCUAUCCUAGAGAACAUGAACAGCUCAAGGCUCUGAGGGAGGAGACCAUGAAAAGAUGCAUCAGAUCAGUGAUGAGUGUGCCCCCUGAGGAAGGCCAAAUCCUCUCUAUGCUGCUCAAGGUGAUAAAUGCAAGGAAAACUAUAGAGAUUGGGGUUUUCACAGGCUACUCCCUUCUCUCUACGGCUUUGGCAUUGCCAAAUGAUGGCAAGAUAACUGCUAUAGAUGUUGAUAGGUCAAACUACAAGAUUGGUCUGCCAUUUAUACAGAAGGCAGGUGUUGAGGGUAAGAUCAAGUUCAUUGAAUCAGAAGCUCUUCCAGUUCUCGACAAAUUCGCUCAGGAGAUGAAUGAAGAUGAAAUGUUUGAUUUUGCAUUUGUGGAUGCUGACAAAGAGAACUACAGCAAUUAUCAUGAAAGGUUGCUCAAGAUUGUCAAAAUUGGUGGCCUGAUACUGUAUGACAACACCCUCUGGUUCGGCAGCGUUGCGACGCCAAUGAAUCCAGAUAUGCCCAAAGAUUUCAACGAGGACCGCGAGAGCACUAUAAAGCUCAACAAAGAACUAGCUGCCGAUCCAAGGAUCGAAUUGUGUCAGGUUUGCAUUGGCGAUGGACUCACCAUUUGUAGGCGGGUUGCUUGAGAUAGUAAGCUGUGAAGGAAGCAGAACAUGCAAUUUUCUGCUUUAUCUUUCUACUUUUCUUAUGUUCUGGAUCCUAAAACCACAUCUUAUUAAAUAAGAGAUGUACUUUGAUGGAUGUUGAACGAUACUUCUCAACUGAAUUUGCUUUCAUUUUAA